AUGGAACCCCCUUCGUCUGCUACCUGGGCCAAUUCAGUAGCCUACUACAACGGCCGUGUUUACACUGUCAAUGAAGCCCAAACAUGGGUAGAAGCCUUUAUAGUCAACGAGACUGGGAUCUUUGAAGCCGUCGGAACCACUCAGGAGAUUAUUGCCAUAGCUGACAAGCGCAAACUCGUCCGGUUCAACCUACGACAAAAAUUCAUCAUGCCAGGCAUUCACGAUGCUCAUGCCCACAUGUACUUUGCCGGGCUGGCUGAAACGAGCGAAGCUGCAGUUGAACUUGAACCAAAUGAUAGCAGGAUUGCAGAAAAGAUUCACGAGGGCCAUUGCAUGUGUUCUCACACCGGAGAGCGGCACGAUUGGAUUCUCAGCAAUUCCUACCUUGCAGUUCAUUUUCCAGACAAUGUUCCAGAUCGUCGUUAUCUCGAUGACAUUUUUCCAGAUCGCCCGGUCCUGAUCCGCGAACUCUCUGCACACAGAAUAUUACUUAACACGACUGCCUUGGAACGGCUCAAUAUCAAUGAUGAUAUACUUGACCCCCCGGGCGGCCGAUACGUACGUCGAUCUGAUGGAACGUUGAGUGGUGAGAUCUAUGAGAAUGCCAUGGACAAAGUUUGGAGUGCAAUCCCUUUCCCACCAAUGUCUCAGUACAAACGAGCGUUAAGCCGCGCCGUGUCCAUAUGUCACUCAUAUGGUAUCACAUCUGCUCAAGAGGCCACUGCCAGCACCAUGGAACUGCAUGCUUUCAGAGAGCUUGAAGCUGAAAACCGGCUAGACUUUGAUAUCUACACGCACAUUGUCAGCGCCCCUGGUGGUAUUGUUGGCGAGUCCGAAGAUAGCCUCGCUGCUCAGAUCAGCAUCGCUGAAGGAUUUCGAACGAAGCAUAUCCAUCCGCGUUUUAUCAAAUUUAUACUGGACGGCGCACCUAUGGCGCCCAACUUCACUCAUGCCGAGCUUGAUGCGGAGGGAAACAUUGAUCCACGCUUCUUGGUAGUUCCGCAGGACACUCUCUUGGAACGCGUCAAACAUUAUGAUGCUAAGGGUUUCACCUGUAAGCUCCAUGCUGCAGGCGAAGGAAGCACUAGACUAGCUUUGGAUACCAUUGAAACUGUUCGAGCGCUGAAUCCGAAUGGUCCAAGGCAUGAGAUCGCCCACUGCAACUCGGUUCAUGUCGACGAUGUGAAGCGAUUUGCUCCGUUGAGGAUAACCGCAGAGAUGUCUCCAGCCGUUUUCCACUACGAAGAAAUGAUCAGGGCCAAUCCCAACUUCUUCAACUGGGACUUUAUUGGAAUGCACAAGACCGGUGCCCUUACAACCAUAGGCUCAGAUUGGGUGGUUGUCCCCACGCCAAACGUGCUGCCUUCAGUGGCUUGUCUCGUUGAGCCAAUUGGGGCCGGUGUUAAAACUGAUGUAGAUGACGGUCAAACAGACUUGCAAAAGGGGAAGCCGAGCUAUCAUCCGGAUGUUAACCCUGAGCGGUGCUGA